GUCCAGGUGGUGAAUUUCCGAGAUGAACGCUCUCAGCGUCGCUCAUGACCGCGUCAGAAAUCGGCGUGUCAACUCGUUUUAACCCGUUUCGGAAACUUUCAAAGCAAAGUUGGUGGUUAUCUUCGAAGACACCGUGCCUACAUAAUCCAGACAGUCCACGGAGCAGUGUCAUAGAUCGGCAGGGUUGAGUAAGUUGUCUGCGGUUUCGAACUCUUCGAAGAAUCUCAUCCUCGACGGUAUUCUGACAAUUGUCAACGCUGGGUGUUGAGUAUUGUUGUGAAGUGCAAUUGUGUGUUGGGCCGAAGGAGACAUGUGUGUGGGGAAGUGCAAUUUGGAGUUGCGCCGAGGAGGGGUCCGGGAGAAGAAUGGCUUGGAUAGGAAUUGGGUUUCUUAUGGAAGCCUCUGUUUGAGCCAUGCUCUACGCGUGAAGCGGUAAGUGUGCAGGUGCAGGGAUCUGGUAUUAGAAGCGGGAGAAUGGAAUCAUAUCCUGACAAGAAGUAGAGGAGACUGGGGAGGCGAUAGUUUGGCUGCAUUUGUGUGUGACGUGGUCACAAGGAUGAGAGGUGAACUGAAAUUUGGCUGGCUAGGCUAGCAUCCUCAAUCGUAGAAAUCAGUAAGACAUGCUUCGAAAUGAUGGCAUGACGCGCGGUGGUGAAUGCAGCUGCGGUUGAAGUUGAAAGGACAGACAGAAAUCUUCAUGAGAUAAUCUUUACACUUUGAUGGGUGGAGGCGUGUCGCGGUUAAGGAGAUUUGAGUGCGAAGUAGCUCCGGAAAUUUGGUGAGAAUACUGUCAUCGGGGAAAGGAUUUAUCGAUGUCCAAGGAUUUUAGCUCUCAGAUUGAGGUUUGCUCCUGCACUACGAAGUGACGUAGGAGUUGAGUUUUGAUGGAAAUUGGGGUGCUUGCUAUUUGGAGCUGAAAUGGAAUUUGACUGCUGCUCAAGUUUGUUUCGCUCACGUAAAGGGUGAAUGUUUGGAUGCGUGGAGAUUAAGGGCUUAUGUUGAGGUUGAUGGAAGGUAGACAGGGACCGCUUAAAAGCUGGAAGAUUAACGGUGGGAACUUGUGUCCUUGGCCGAAAUGUUCAAGACGAAGACAAAGACAAAGAAUAGCAGGGGUUUUUUCAUAGCUUUUUGCUGAAGAAUAAUCUCGUACUGAAGACUAUGAAGAGCUAGAUGCCUUAACCGAAGACACUAAUAGACCUCCCCCUGUGGUCCUUCCACGCCGCAGUACAACCUGCAGUUAACGAGCAAUUAGGGUGUGAACAAGUGGCUGUUCUAUGUGAGCUUAAACCUGCGCGUGUUGGGUUUACAGAGAAGAUUGCCCAAUUUCACCCGUGGCGAAAAUACUUGAACUCAUAAGAUGGCUUGCGAACUAGAAAUAGACGAACUUGAAGUGGAGUACCGCACAUGGGCCGGGGACAAGGAGAGUGUGCUCAGUGAAUUGUCCAUUCGCCUAGAGAAAGCUUCAGAUACGGACCUCACUUUGCUGAUAAAGGGAGAAAAGCUUCAGAUUCUUAUUCCAUCCACAUACCGCAACCUGGAUUCUUCGACGUCGACUGAUCAUGAAUCUAGCGAAGUCUUCCUGCUGUGGACGGAAAAGAUCACAAGCAAAGAGGUGAAGAAAUCUAUGUCGGCUCUGACAGAAAAGCUGGAGAAAGUUCGCGUCAAGCCAAAGGCGCUGCAUCAAGUGUUGGACUUGCUUCUUGCAGGAAUGCAAAAGCUGCAAGUGAUGCGUGAAUCAAUGAACGAGAGUUCUGAGGAAUUCAAGCAUGAGAAGACCAGAGAGAGGGCCAAUUCAGAUGAGGAGGAAAAUGAUGACAAGAGUUACAAUUGGCACUCGGAGGAUGAUUCUAAAGAUGACGAUGGCGACAUCGGAGCAUCGUAUUACGACAUAGCCACCAGCGAUCCCUCGACAGUUUGGGCCACUAUGCAUGAAAUCUGGGAACAGGGGUUCUUGUACGCCUUCUCUGAGGAUGCGAGAAAGCAAUGCGAAGCAUGUAAAGCUCAAACACUGGGCGAUCUUCAGAAUCCAUUGAUGUGGCUCAGUGUGGUGUCUAAACCGAAGGUAUUGGUGGUCGAGUUGCAGUUUGAUUUGGUGGGGAUAAUCGAUGACAGGGUUGCAGCAGGCUUGGGUCUGUCGAUAAACGAGCACGUCUCGUUGAGCCUUGAGUUUUCCAAAAACACAUGGUCGGAAACAACCUUACAGUGGACUGAGUUCGAAUGUCAGAACAUAACCGUCAGUCAGGAUAGUAAACUCAUCGAAGCCCGCGACACCGAACGAGAUGAAAUUGAUAGAUACUUGGAGUCAAGUUUCGGAGCUGGCCACCGAAGCUAUGGUCUUGACGUGCUGUUUCCGGAUCUCACACGUAAGUUCUUCGCUGCCCUAAAUCAUCACGGAUCAGCACAAACAGGGAAUUAUCAGUACAUGGAGGGCAUCGAUGAGAAUCUGAACAACAAGAAUCCUUUCCUGGGGCUUGCCCUGGCCAUUUCCCACCAACUGAAGCGACUGCCUCAGUGCUGCAUCAUCUGCUGGAGGGAGCACCCGUUCUCCGUUACACGCAUGCGCACUUGUGACUCAGAUCUCUGUUUGCACCUCUUUGAGGAGCUGGGCUUGGGAGUGUCGGUGCUUGGCGAAGUGAAAAGCUCUCCGGAGCUUGUGGAAAUGGAGAUGGCAUUCGCUGCUGCGGCACUGAGGUCGAAGCGGGACGUCUUUGAGCCCUUCCCUGCUUUCUCGUUACAAAAAGAUGAGCUCAGAUUACGAAGUGGCUGGUUCAGCAACAACAAUAUGAGUGAAACUGCGUCGAGGUCGAAGAAUCGUAUAAAAACUGCUUACCAAAUGCCAAUUUUAGGUGCCGUGGAAGAUGAGAAAUCUGCCGUGCAGAGUAAUAAGAAUACUAAGCAGCUGAGUGAGGCAUUGGCAAGCAUCCCCCCCAUAAAUGUGCUUCAAAAGUGUGCCGAUGAGAGAUCGCUGAAGAGGGUUUUGGCUCGCGCUUGGUAUUCGCACUAUCACGAGGGAGUGGAGAGAGCACCUCACGAAGGCUCAGUCCCACCACGGACCUCGCAUGGUGCACACACAGACGCGGCACCGACACCCUUGCUCUCUCCUUUAAUGAAGAAAUCGCGAUCGCCCAGAUUUGAGACAGAGAAGAUGGAGCCAUGGAGGAAGGUGGCUAAUCUGGCUUACGACUUGAUGCGAUUCAUCCUCACGACUAACCGGGGGUCAAUCUGUCAGGUCUUUGGCGAAGACGAGGUUCUCAAGGUGGAGAGGUCGCCGAAAAGUAAAGAUGCUCCUGGAGAGAGCGGCAUUUAUCAGUUCGUUGUGCUUCACGACUCGCCCGAGAGAGCAGCUGAUUUUGAUCAUCGGCGCAGGGAUGCGGGAGGGUCUUACUUUGCAUUCCACGGUAGCUCUGGGGAGAAUUGGUACUCCAUUCUCCGAAACGGACUUCGGAGUAUGAGCUAUACCCCGUUCAUGUCCUGUGGAGCUGCUCAUGGGGCAGGCAUCUACCUGGCCAGCGAUCUUAGCACCUCCAUGAAAUAUGCGAAGUAUCCGUCUUAUUCUUGGAGACACGGCAUGCUUAAGCACGGGUUUCAGUGCGUUGCGAUCUGUGAGGUUGUGAAAGGCAGCAUCUCGCGACAGAAAAUCAUAUCUACACAAUUCACGCGCGAGGCCAAUGUUUUUGUUGUUUCACGUGAAUGCGAUGUGGCGAUCAGAUACCUCUUGGUGUUCAAGUCGCCCGCUACUUCAUACGUGGAAGGCGUUUCAAGUUUCAGGACCAACGGAAGUAUGUUGAAUGAAAAUUUAAACCUUUAUGCCCAUUAUGAGCGCCUUCUAAAGUAUAACAAAGAUGCAGUGGUCUCGCAACAGCACACCCGGAUGUUGGCCCGCUGUAAAACCCUGAGCGUCGUUGUCGCUGAGUGUGAAGGUCACAAUCCUGACUCGGCAACCCCGCCUCCACCUCCAUCCUCCUCCUCGAGCAGCGCUGAUCGGCAUCCAAAACGGGUACGAUUAGCAAAGGGAUUUGACGCAGCAGAAACCACCGAUACGCCGCCUCUCGAAUCGAAGAUAGUGAAGAGUGAGCCCACCCUGCUGCUCACAGAGACAACUGCCUCUAGCGAGUUUUUAUACCAAAAUUACUUUUCAGAGCCUCUUCACAGUUAUUCACCCCGAGCACUUACAUAGGAAGUUGAAGCGAGCGGGCAGCAGCUUGCCUGAGAGCUAACAUCAGAUUCGAACAGAAGGUUGAGAAACGAGUCGCGAGCUUGGGUUCCGCUUCAAAGCCUAGUUCUCUGCACACGUUGUCCACUUUGAAAUCAACUACCAUUAGCUCAUUUAUAUAUACUAAACUGUGCUAGGGUAAGAAAUACAACUCUUGUCAAUAGCUAACAUGCUGUAAUUUGUGGAGCAGUUGGGUAUUCAUUAGGGAGAGGGUGAAAAGAUUAUAAAAAAAACAAAAAUCGUCUCCAUGUACAGAAUUAUUCAUCUAGUUAUGAUGUUAUUUCAGCAUUGAAUUUACAGAA